AUGGCCGCUUCACCUUCCAACCACCUUGCACCACCACCCACACCCUUCACCAUCACGCCUGCCACGGCCGAAGACAUCGACACCAUCGCCCAGAUUUCCGGCGACUCGUUCGACCAUGACACACAUACGCUGCUCAAGGCCCACUGGCGCGGUGCCAACCACCACCGGGACGGCAGCAAGGCGGACCUGGCAACGCUGGUCGACAACCCGAAAUGCGAUUUCCUCGUCUCCCGCACCGGAAACACCACCGCAGGACCGGGCAAGGUCAUCGGCUUUGUGGUAUGGCACAAGCGGGGAUACACCGAGGACGAGGACGGGGACGAGGACGGGAGCGCGGUCCCGCUCUUUGCCCGUGGCGAUGGGGAUGUAGCGAGCACCCUGCCGGAGUGUCCGCCACCCGUCCCGGCCCAGCCUGAGCGGGGGACGCAGCUGGGUCUGACCGAGCUCGAGGCGACGACCAACGCGGCGAUGACCCACUACAUUGCGCACCUCAUGCCGGCUGGCACGUCGUGCCGGUUCAUAUCGCGCAUGUCCGUCGACCCGGGAUACCAGGGCCAAGGGGUCGGGUCGGCGCUGGUCAGGUGGGGUACCGACCGGGCGGACACGGACGGCGUGUAUUGCUGGGUGAGCAGCAGUAUGGACGGAUACCAUGUCUAUGAAAAGGCCGGGUUUGUGGAGGUUGGGAGGCAGGAGCUGGUGUUGGACGACUAUGCGCAAGGGGUGAAGAGGGAGAUGGGGGAGGACUGGGGGUUGUAUGUGUGGAAAUGGAUGCGGCGGGAUCCAGCAGCUCGUUGA